AUGGACGCAAGUCAGCCCUGCAACCCACUCAUUGGCCCGAGUCGCCCAUGCGGGGAACUCCAGGCGGCUCCGCCCAAGGUAACCGUCGCGAACUGCAACAUCUCCAAUUCCCCUCCAUCCCCCUCCAACAAUGCCAUGUCGUCAAUCGCCCGCCCACCAGACCCGUGCCUGGUAGCGGUCAUCCUGAUCGUGCGCUCGCGCACCGGCCCCCGACUCGUCUUCCACUACCCACCGAACCCACUGAGCGAGAACCGACUCAAGACAACGACGAAGGGCGGCCGACGCAUCUCCCGCACGCGCAGCAGACAAGGAACCAGGAAUACUGACUCGAGCUCUAGCUCUGAGAGUGGACUCAGCUCCGAUGAAGAUGACGAUGACCGGGAACGUGAGCGCGACAGCCAGAACCAGAAUCCUGUUAGCGGAAGCUCGCAUCUUGGCUCGAGCUUGGUGCCGGGUCGGCGGGCGAGUAACUUCGGCUUGGACGAGCAUGGAGUUAUCUCUGCUUCGCCAAGUGCGAUUGAGCCACAGCGACCGGGGUCGUUGGGCUCUGGCCGAGGUUCGACGCGUAAGCAAAAAGGAAGUACGCUUUCGGACGGAGAGGAUGAUGGUACUUCGGAUCAACCUGAUGGGUCGGGUGCCUCGUCCCGUGCGCCCUGGGAGUCUCUUUUGGGUCUACCCGGGAGUGUUUGGGAGAAGCUACUCAGCCCGUCUCGGUCGUGGCAUAAGCGACGUUAUGAAGUCGGGAUCAAUGAUCUGGCGUUGAUUGGGUGGCCGGUCUUUGUACGCGAGGAUGGCACCUGGCGCAAGCAGCGCCGGAAGAAGAAGAAGAAGCCCCGUGCGGAAUGGGAGGGUGGCGAACUGGGCCAUAAUGAGAAUGCAGAGGAUGGACAGCCAGAGGAUGUGGUCGUCUCGCCUGACAUGGGGACAAGCAUUGCUUCCAUUGCGGAUUCGCUGGUCUCACCAACUGAUACGACCAAGCGCGCGUCGACAGUUAGUGCGAAGAUCGGGAAGUCAGUGGAUGACAAUGAUGACCCAGAGGACAAGGACCAUAUGACGAUGUUCAAUGUCGUAUUUGUCAUGGAUCCGCCUUUGCUGGAGUAUUCCAUGCGGGUCAAAGAGAUCUAUGAGAACAUUAUCAAGAAGUUUGCGAAAGCGCUCAAGUGGGAGCAGGCCCGCACGGGCUAUGUGUGGAAGGAGUCGCAGCAUAUCCUCCAAGUGCGGCGAAAGGCCCGAGAGUCGAGUGAGUUCGAUUCUCCCUCGGAUUCUCAAUCCGACAAUACUAACUACCGAGCAGAAACAUCGGUACACAAUCUCUAUUCGGAGCUGAUCAAUCAAUCUUCCCUCGCACGGGCGAUCUAUACCGUGUAUACCAGCAUCUCCGCAUCGAAGAUCGCAUCGGUCUCACUUAGCGCGGAUGUUUCGAUUUCACUGCAGAUUCCCCCGCUGACAUCCACGCCGUACCUUGCUGGCCCGACAGACAAGGCAUACCCAGGCCUCUGGCUGACGACCGCAGACAGUGCCACCCCCAUCGAUGACCCUGGCACAGACGAGAACAAUGCGCCGCACCACGUCCUGGCCAAGCACUUUGCCUUGCUCUUGCUGGACAGCGAAGCUUCGAUCAUCAAAGAUGUAGAGGCGUCCGGGGGCACUCUGGCUCCCGCGUUGGCCCAUUACAUUCGAUGUUCGAAACCGACCAAGUCAUUCGCUCAAAUAUCCGCCGUUUCGGGAAUCCCGCUGCACACCAUUCAGAUGCUGGCCAGUCAUUUGGUCUACUGGCGCCGCGCGCGUGCCAUCCCUCCUAUCCACCAGCGCGACACUUACAUCGUCUCGCCCAAUUGCGACCUGAGUAAGCUAGAGGUUGCGACCAUUGCGUACCAGACGGCAUUCCCGACGCUCCCCAGUCUACCUAAGAUGCUGUCCGCCCUGAGUGGUACACCGCGUCCUUAUGGAAGCUUCAUUCCGAGUAAAGACCACAAGGAGACAUACUUUGCCAUAUUGGCCUGGCUGCUCCGCGGUGGCUGGGUGACCCAGCUCAGAACCUUUGCCCGGAUCAGGGUGACACCCGAGAUUAAGAUGGCCGUUGAAUUCGCCCUCCGCAAAGAAGAGGUCGAUCGCUACCUGGCUAAAGGAAACUCCAACUCCAACGAUAAAGAAGAAGACGAUUCAGACGAGGACGACGAGGCUGCUUCCUCUUCAUCCUCCUCCCUCCAAAGCGAUGGAAGCGGCGACGAAACACCCAUGCCUGGCCGAAACGAUCCCCAAGCACAACUCCGGACAUCUCACAAACUCCUCGACCGGUCCACUGCCCUCCGCUACUCGUCCCUCAUCCUCUCCCCACACCGUGCCUCCCCACUGGAAUCCCGCUGGCUAGACGAGAUCGUCUCCCGAUUCCCUGACAAGCCUGGCCCCGGACAGGAAAUCGUCGGGAUGAGUCCAGACAUCGCGCCCAAGGACCUCCAAACCCUCCUGAAGAAUUACUGGCCCGUCUUCCUGAAAUACUUCAACGGCUACGACGCCCUGGAGAAGAUACCCGUCCGCGAGAACUUGAAACGCAAGCUCGUCUGGCAAGUUCUCACGCGUCUCGGCUUCGUGACCGGGCCCCUGGGGUCAGUUGAGCUGGACGCGCGAGAACAGGUUCUUGUCGGGGUCCGACAUUGGUAG